UUCCCAGGAAGGACACUGCUAUUCUCCGAGAGAGAGACCAAGAAGAGAAGGCAAAAAUGAAUGUUGAACUGGUAAAGGCCAUGCCCCAGGACUUGGUGACUUUCAAGGAUGUAGCAAUAGACUUUUCAAAGGAGGAAUGGCAAUGGAUGAACCCUGCUCAGAAGCGUUUAUACAGGGGUAUGAUGUUGGAGAAUUAUCAGUGCCUGGAAUCAUUGGGACUUUGCAUUUCUAAACCAUAUGUGAUCUCCUUACUGGAGCAAGGGAAAGAGCCUUGGGAAGUAAAGAGUGAGAUGACAAGAAGCCCAUUCUCAGAUCGGGAGUCUAUAUAUGAGACACAAGAAUUGCCCCUGAAGCAGUUCUUAUAUGAUGAUACAUGCAUGGAGAGAAUUACAAGCUGUGGCCCUGAGUGUUCCACUUUUGGAGAGAAUUGGAAAUGGGAAGACCUUUUUGAGAGUCAGAUGGGAAGUCAAGAGAUAUUUAGCAGGCAACAAACAAUCACUCAUAAAGAAAUCCUCACUAAGAAAGUAGAUUUCAAAUAUAACAAAUCUGGGAAAUUAGUCCAUUUGGACAAUGUAGAAGAGAGUGUUUAUAAUCACAAGUCAGAUAAAAAAAGCUUCUCCAAAAAUUCUGUGGUAAUAAAACACAAGAAAGUCUAUGCAGGAAGGAAACUUUUUAAAUGUAAUAAAUGUGACAAAACCUUCACCCACAGCUCAUCUCUUAUUGUUCAUCAUAGAAUUCAUACUGGUGAAAAACCUUAUGAAUGUGAGGAAUGUGGAAAAGCCUUUAGGCAGAGACAACAACUUACUCAACAUCAUAGAACACACACUGGAGAGAAACUCUUUGAAUGUAAAGAAUGUAGGAAAACCUUUAAACAAAGUGAACACCUUAUUCAACAUCAAAGAAUUCACACUGAAGAAAAACCAUAUAAAUGUGAGGAAUGUAGAAAAGCCUUCAGACAGCUUGCACACCUUGCACAGCAUCAGAGAAUUCAUACUGGAGAGAAACCCUAUGAAUGUGAGGAAUGUGGCAAAGCCUUCAGUGAUAGGUCAUCUUUUGCUCGACAUCAGAGAUGUCACACUGGCAAAAGACCCUAUGAAUGUAUUGAGUGUGGAAAAGCUUUCAGGUAUAAUGCAUCUCUUAUUCAUCACUGGAGGAGCUAUCAUACUGGGGAGAAGCCUUUUAAUUGUCUUGAUUGUGGGAAAGCUUUCAGUGGUCACACAGGACUUACUCGGCAUAGGAGAAUCCAUACUGGAGAGAAACCUUACAAAUGUGAUAUCUGUGGAAAAACCUUCAGCUCUGGUUCAUCCCUUACUGUACAUCAGAGAAUUCACACAGGAGAGAAACCCUAUGAAUGUGAUGUUUGUGGGAAAGACUUUAGCUAUCAUGAGUCACUCACUCGGCAUCAAAGAGUACAUUCUGGAGAGAAACCAUAUGAAUGUACAGAAUGUGGGAAAACCUUUAGGCAAAAUAUACACCUUGUUACACAUUUGAGAAUUCAUACUGGUGAAAAGCCCUAUGACUGUAAAGAAUGUGGGAAAACUUUUAGAACUAGUUCACGGCUGUCUACUCAUCAGAGAAUUCAUACUGUAGAGAAGCCCUGUAAAUGUACUGAAUGUGGAAAGGCUUUUGGUGAUGGCUCUUCCUGUGCUCAGCAUCAAAGACUUCACACUGGCAAAGGCCCUAUCAAUGUUUUAAAUGUGGGAAGGCAUUCAGAAGAAAGUUAUCCUUAAUUUAUCAUCAAAAAGGUCAUACUGGAGAAAAACCCUAAGAAGGUAGUGCAUGUGGCAAAGCCUUUAGCUAUCAUCAACCUCUUACUAUUCACUUUGGAUAAAAACCAUAUAAAUGUAAGAAAUGUAGCAAAACUUUCAACCAUAUUGGAUACUUCAAUCUACCUGGAAGACUUCAUGCUGUAGAGAGAUCUUAAGAAUGUAAAGAAUGUGG